AGACUGACGCAGAUCCUUAUGUGACUACCAGAAUCGAUGUGUGUUGAGGAGUGGAAAAGAGGUAGUUCCGCUUUGGAUUCGUGAUUCCCCGACGUGAAGUUGAGCUUCUUCUAUUCGGGAACUCACCGCGAGGAUGGAGGAGGCGAUCACAACCCUGAAAGUUCUCAUCAUAGGUGAAGCAGAUGUCGGUAAAAGUUGCCUUUUGUUACGCUUCGUCGAGGAUACGUUUGACACCCAGCUGACUUCCACCAUUGGUUUCGACCACAAGUCCAAGGUAAUUACAGUUUUCGAUAAUAAAGUGAAGCUCAGUCUCUGGGACACCGCAGGAUCCGAACGUUUCCGUACCCUCACUGCCAGUUACUACCGCGGCGCUCAAGGUGCUGUGCUAGUCUAUGACGUGACCUGUCGAGAAUCGUUUGAGAAACUUGAUUCCUGGCUCAUCGAGCUGGAGACGUACGCAACCCACAAGAACAUUGUCAAAAUGCUCGUAGGGAACAAAGUAGAUAAACACGAGCAGCGGCAAGUGACCAAACAAGAAGGAAUCAGUUACGCUCGUCGACACCAAAUGCUCUUCGUGGAAGCUUCGGCUCGAACGUCUGAAAACGUCACCGGAUGCUUCGAGGAGCUCGUAGCGAAAAUAUUGCACACACCGGGUCUGUGGACGAAAAAAAACGACAGGGAGAACAUCACCCUAACCGACGCUCCGGACAAUUUGGGAGACGGAUCUGUUUGUGGAUAUUGUUGAUUAUUCAGCUGCAUUAGCGAUUCUUUCAAGAUUCAGAUGAGGAAGAAAUGUUUGUACACAAGUGUCGUGAGAAAGGCUGCAGUGUUAGGAGAGGCAGGCCAACCAAGAUAAUGAAUAAAGCCAGAUUUUUA